GGUUUAUUGGCGUAACCCCGUCUCCACGCGCAUCUGCCCAUAGAACCAAGCCUCAACAUUUACGCAAAUAGCGUUACAAAGGUUCGUAGUGAAUAAAACAGCGAGCCCGAAACCGAUUGUGAAGGAAUAAAAAAUAAUUCAAGAAUCGUCGGGUCUGACUGGAACUGCCCUUUCCAGAGGAACGAAGUGUACAAGACCCGAUAGCCAACUGGAAUAACCGGAUUUGACGGUCGCCGUGUGUGGAGUUGGGACGAGUUUGCAGGGCCGUGGAAAUCGUUAAUGUAAAAAUUGGGCAACUGACAGAUUUUUCCGUUUGAAUCGUCGGUAGGGUAGAAGAGCGAGGGAGCCGGCAUGGCGGACGGAUCGUUGAGUCUCCAUCGGAAUAUGAAGAGGAUCUGCAUGGUCCUGGAUCUAUAGGAAUACACAGCAACCAUUCCCCAUUAACGCAUUAUCUGAUAGUUUCACUUGUGUAAUUUUGUGCUCAACUGUGACCAAAUUAAGGAAAUCAAACCAGCAGUGGGUUCAUUUGGGGGCCACAGGGCCAGAUUCAUGACUAUUUAGUCGAAGACACGUCUCCAAGGCCUAUUAUCAACUGAAGGAAAACGAGGAACCAAAGGAAGAAAGGAUGCUUUGAACGACUAUUGGGGGACGAGAAAGGGUAGAUUGAUUAGGUCAAAAUAUCGACUGUGAAGGCUCGUGGAGAGGAGUUGAUAGAAAAAAAUCAUAUUGUAAAUAAUCUAACAUUCAGAUUAAGGAACUGUCAUUCUUUGAAUGCAAAGGUUUAGAAAGAAAUCUACCAAGCCAGUCACGUAGCAUAUAGUAUUUGAUUCGAGGAUUGGAUCAUGUCGGGGCGGCCCAGAACCACCUCCUUCGCGGAGAGCUGCAAACCAGUGCCGCAGCCCUCGGCUUUUGGCUCUAUGAAAGUCAGCAGGGACAAGGAUGGCAGUAAGGUGACAACGGUGAUGGCCACCCCAGGCCAAGGGCCCGACAGGCCCCAAGAGGUCAGCUAUACAGACACCAAGGUGAUUGGGAACGGCUCCUUCGGAGUGGUCUACCAGGCCAAGCUGUGUGACUCUGGAGAGCUGCUGGCCAUCAAGAAGGUUCUGCAGGACAAGAGGUUUAAGAACCGCGAGCUGCAGAUCAUGAGGAAACUGGACCACUGCAACAUUGUUCGCCUGCGCUACUUCUUCUACUCCAGCGGAGACAAGAAGGAUGAGGUGUAUCUAAACCUGGUUCUGGACUAUGUUCCUGAGACAGUCUACAGAGUUGCCAGACACUACAGCCGAGCCAAACAGACUCUGCCCAUAGUCUAUGUCAAGUUAUAUAUGUACCAGUUGUUCAGGAGUCUGGCCUACAUCCACUCGUUUGGGAUCUGCCAUCGGGACAUCAAACCCCAGAACCUGCUGCUGGACCCCGAGACGGCUGUGCUCAAACUCUGUGACUUCGGCAGUGCUAAGCAGCUGGUGCGUGGAGAGCCCAACGUGUCCUAUAUCUGCUCUCGCUACUACAGAGCCCCCGAGCUCAUCUUUGGUGCCACCGACUACACCUCCAGCAUAGAUGUGUGGUCAGCUGGAUGUGUGCUAGCAGAGCUGUUGCUAGGGCAACCAAUCUUCCCUGGCGACAGUGGAGUGGAUCAGCUGGUGGAGAUCAUCAAGGUUCUGGGGACCCCGACACGGGAGCAGAUCCGAGAGAUGAACCCCAACUACACUGAGUUCAAAUUCCCCCAGAUUAAGGCACACCCAUGGACUAAGGUGAGUCAACAGGUGUUCCGGCCGCGCACGCCCCCGGAGGCCAUUGCCCUGUGCUCUCGGCUGCUGGAGUACACGCCCACCUCGCGCCUCACUCCCCUGGAGGCGUGUGCACACUCCUUCUUCGACGAGCUGAGGGACCCCAAUGUCAAGCUGCCUAACGGGCGAGAAAAACCCUCUCUCUUCAACUUCACCACCCAGGAGCUGUCCAGUAAUCCCUCGCUGGCCAACAUCCUAAUCCCCGCCCACGCCCGCUCUCAGGUCACCACCUCCACCCCAACCAACGCCACCGUCACCACAGAUGGUAACAGCACAGAUCGUGGCCCCAGCACCACUACCGCCUCAGCCUCUGCCUCCAACUCCACCUCCUGAAACCUCCCUCUCUGACCCCCCCCCACAUCGCCCCAUUCAGGGGUGCACCUGGGUGCCAGCUGUAAGAAUGAUGACAUGGCAGGGUUUAAAACAGAUGACAA